AUGAAAUUAAUCGAUAAAUUCGAGAGAAUCAAAAGAAAUGGAGAAGAGGUGGACAAAAACGGCGUAGAAAACGAUGAUUUCCAUGUUCUACUGGAACAUGUUGCGUGGUCGGAUCCGUGGUUCCGGGCUUCGCUGAAAGGGUAUAUAUUCCAGAGGCCGACUCUUCUACCGGUAGAGAAAUUUAUUUCCGUCAUCAAGGACACUGGAUUCACGGCCAUAAAUACUACAAUGUCUGGAGGCGCUAGCCUGUCCUCUGAAUCCGGUGGAGUCAGAAGUUUGUCGACCGUGUUUGCGUCCAUGGCUAUUUUUGAGAUGGACACGGGAGGGUCUGACGCGAUUGCAUUCGCAACUUUCUGGUGGGAGAAACAUAUGGCUGGCGCAGGAUGUGUUUUUAAAAUUAGUCAGAGGCUGUAUUGCCUUGAUAUACUCCCACUGCUGACCGCCCUUCACCUAGAUCUUGGAUCUAGCACUACGAUAUUUUCCAUCCUAGGUUGCUACAAAGACACCUCCAGCCUCCACAACCUAGUGCAUCAAAUCACCAUUGAUAUCAAGCUACUCGAAAAAACAAGGGAAAAGAAGCUCACUCCUGCGGAGAAUCGGGAGCGUACCAGUAUCCGCACGCAAGUCACAAAUUUGCAAGAAAAUAUGCGGAGGAUAAAAGAGUUGCCGCUAGAUCAGCGCGUUCUCACAAUCGCAAUCAUUUGCCAAUCUUCCAUUCAGAACAGCCACAAUCAUCUAUCAUGCGGCCCGAACUAUCAAUCUACAUAUCUCUCCAACACCCCUUUAAUUUCCUUCCUACCACUGCUCGCUCCUUCUUCACACUCUUAUUCCUCUUCCGCCCUCUUCCGCCCACCCUUCCCGACCUCUUUCACAGCCACCCUUUUAUUUAUCUUCUUUCUUUCUUCAAACUAUAAGUACGGUGCAUCUAGCUUCUCCUUGAAAGUCUCCCCAACCGGGUCACGAGAUGCAGCACAUAACCCCUUAUUUUUAGAUCUGCUCUGCUCCUCGACUUAUGGGAUUCUCCGCCAGUUCAACGAUGGGAAGGUGGAAUGGAACCUUUUGCCUCGCUAUUUUUAUAACAGUGUCUUUAAGUUCUUCUGGGUUCUUCAAUGGAGGGCCUUUACCUCAUUUGACGCUUUUGGAAGUUCCGGGGUCUGA